ACACAGGACACGAGCCAUGGAGGAGAUGCUGCCCCUGGGCUGCAGCAAGCCGCACCUGGAGAAGCUGACCCUGGGGAUCACCCGCAUCCUAGAAUCUUCCCCAGAUGUGACAGAGGUGACUAUCAUAGAGAAACCACCUGCUGAAUGUCAUAUGAUUUCUUCAUGGGAACAAAAAAAUAACUGCAUGCUACCUGAGGAUGUGAAGAAUUUUAACCUGAUGACCAAUGGCUUCCACACGACAUGGAGUGUGAAGCUGGAUGAGCACACCAUUCCAUUGGGCAGCAUGGUGAUUAACAGCAUCGCAAAACUGACUCAACUCAACCAGUCUUCCGUGUAUUCACUCCCAAAUGCACCAACGCUGGCAGACAUGGAGGAUGAUGCACUUGAAGCCAGUGAGAACCAGCCAGAGAAGCCUCACUUUGAUUCUCGCAGUGUGAUAUUUGAGCUGGAUCCUUGCAAUGGGAAUGGGAAGGUUUGCGUUGUCUACAAAAGAGGGAAACCAGCGUUAGCGCAAGACGCCGAGAUCUGGUUCCUGGACAGAGCGUUAUACUGGCAUUUCCUCACCGAUUCCUUCACUGCUUACUGUCGCCUGCUCAUCACGCACCUGGGCCUGCCACAGUGGCAAUACGCCUUCACCAGCUACGGCAUCAGCCCACAGGCCAAGCAGUGGUUCAACAUGUAUAAACCCAUCACCUACAACACAGACCUACUUGCAGAAGAGACCAACUGCUUCGUGAACAAGCUGGAUCCCAGCAGAGUGUUCAAGAGCAAGAACAAGACCUUAAUCCCCAAAAAGAAAGGGCCAGUCCAGCCUGCAGCUGGCCAGAAAGGGCCCCCGGGUCCCCCCUCCACCUCUAAAUCCUCUUCUAGCCCUGGAAACCCUGUCCGGAAAUGAGCACCCCUACCUCCCCACCAGCCCUACAGCAACGAUUUCCAUGCACAGAUGGCCCAAGCCUCAGAUUCUGUGAGUGGCACCAUAGGCCUCUUCCCAUCUGCAUGAGCCAAAUCCUAGGCCUUUUACUCCCGUUGGCAUUAGCCAGGAGUUCAAGGGCAUACUCAGGUCUCCCCUAGAGUCCUUUCCUCAGCCCUUGCCUCUGAAAGCUGUGGAGAGUUUCAGAACUUGUUUAAGUAGUUAAAUAGAGCUGCUAAGAGCUUCCUCUCUUUCCACCCCCAACCAUCUACACCCCUCAGCAGUGAUCAGAGAAAUCCCCCGAAGAAACCACUGAUUUUGACCCAUGAGGCAUUAGAACUGUGCUGUUCAGUUGGUAAUCACUAGCCACAGGUGGCUGUAUAAAUUAAAAACUCAGUUCGUCAAUUGCAUUAGCCACAUUGUGAGUAUUCAUGUGGCUAAUAGCUUCUGUAUUCAACAACAGAGAUAACGGAACAUUUCCAUCAUCACAGAAAGUUCUGUUGGGCAGCACUGCAUUAGAAUAUUUUCAUGCUGCCCUUACUCAGAUCAGUUCAUUUUUGUUAGAGAAUGUGAGUACCUUAAUUUGAUGGGUCAUAAUGUUCCAUGGAAAUUCUUGAAGGUACAAUUGUGUAUGUUCUUUUUAUUUUUCAUAAUUCUCACUGGUCCUUUUCAGUUUCCUAUAAAAUUUGUUGU